AUGGCUGCCGUCGCAUCAUCAUCAGUCGAGGACGGCUAUGAGCAGUUUCGUGUGGCGGAGAAGUCUCACGGGAGCUGGAUGAAGCUCUACAUGGAUGGAAACACGUCAGAGGUGCUGAGCAACAUGGGGAAGAAGGUCCUGAAGCAGUAUCUGGAGGCGCUGAAGGCCAUGAGUGCAGCUCUGAGCAAACAGCUGGGCAAAUACGACAUGUACUCCAUGAUCAUGGGCAUGAUCCUCACACUGCAGGUGCUGCUCCUGCUGGUGCUGGCGAUGCCGGAGGCGCUGAGCAGGGAUGCGGUGGUGGACGUCCCACUGGCCUCGUCUCUGCUCUCGCUGCCUUUCUGUCUGCUGUGUGUGCUGGGAUCCGCUCUUCAUGUGCUGGUGUGCACCUCGGCCGGCGGCUCGUGUUACCUCUGCUCUCUGCCCUGGCUCCUGGUGUUCAGCGUCAUCCUCUUCUCCUCCGCGUUCAUGUGUGCUCUCGGGGCCAUGGCCGUGAGGAGGAUUCCCAGCAGCUACAAGAGCCCUGCUCAG